GGGGAAAUUGAUGGACAACAAUUUUUUUUUUAAAAAAAAAAAUUGACGAAAAUAUCAAAAAAUAGUUGCAGCUCGACAACCCUCCUUGCUUACGUCGGUCUCCUAUGCACUAUUUGGCUGAAUCGCAUCGAGACCCGAAUAUCUUUGGGGUGAAUUAGUAGGGGUGGUUAUAUGGUCCGGUCCGGUCCGGUUAAAUUGGACCAAAUUGAUCUGGUCUCAGUACGAUCUUUUCGGGAAUAUAAGGACCAAAUAUUGGAUUGGAUACAGUCCGAUCUUGAUCCGGUCCGGUCAGUGGCGGAUCCAGAAAUUCUACGUAGGGGUGUCCUCUAUGAAAAAUUAAAUUAAAUAAUUGUUAAUAUGAAAAUAUCUAACUAAUAAAAGUUUCAUUAAAAGUUCAGACGUGUUUCAUCAAAUGAUAAAAUGCAUUCGGUGUUUAUACUGCUCAACAAAUAUCUCUCGACAUAUCUUAAUAGACAAGAAUAUCAUGUAAUUGAGUUUAAUCGUUAGGUUUUGAAAAUAAUUUGAGAUAAUAAUAACAUUUUAUUAUUAUAUUUGGAUCUAAAACACAAUAACAAAUGAGUUGUAGCGUAAUUGAAAAUAUAUUAACUAAUAGUGACAGUGUCCCAAAUUUAAAUCACUUAAACUACUACUUAAAUAUUAUUUAUACCAAUACGCAAACUACUACGAGAGAUUGGAUAAUCAUUUUCCAAAAUUUUAAAGGUGUCCCACUAUUACUUAAACAUUUUUUUUCCCAUACACAAAUUGCUAUCGUAGAUUAAAUAAUCGUGUUUCCAAAUUUUAGGGGUGUCCCGGGACACCCCUAACCAUGCAUGUAUCCGCCACUGGGUCCGGUCCCAAUUUGAUCUUGAUUUUAGGUGCUGGGGUCUCUCUACUACCACUAUAAAAGAUCACCAAAUCUCCAAGGUAAAUGUAAGUGGAAAAAUUCAUGCUUAGAUCCCCUAAAUUUAAGAUAUAAUUAGUGGAGACGUUGAUUUUCAACUCCAUUUCCCUAAUCUUUUUCUUAGAUCAUAUUCUGCUUAUCCAAAAAGCACUCACUAACUUGAGUGAGUUGGAGGACCUUAUUGCUAGCAUUCACUGUAACAGAGUAUGUAACUACAUAUCAGGUUCAAUCAACUCUAAACUUCAACUUUAAAAGUUUGAAGUCCGACACAACUCCGACAUCAACAAAGGUGGUAUUCGAUGGGAAACUAUGUGUAUAGAAUAUUUUAUACUAAAUUUUAAUUUAUCAUCUAGUCUACAGUUAGAAGAUUAUUAUCUAAAUUAACUAGGGAAACAACAACCGGGAAAGAAAAGAAAAAAAAACUAAUGAGGAUAUGGUACAUUGGGCUAGACAACUAAAGGUUUGGUCCACUCAACAUUUGGGCCUAGAGGUCCACGUAGAUCCGGGAAAUUACCAUACAUACAUAAUACAUUCAUACUUGGAUAGGCACCCGAGUGGCCCAUCCCUAGGUUCCUACAUGCAACUAUAAACAACCUUAACUACCAUUGAAAGAGGCUUAUUUAUUGGAUUUUCGAGGACCACGAGUGUGCUUAGGACCAGAUGUUAACAGCCGUUGGAUCAUCUAAACCCAUAAGACUCCUCUCAUUUUUAUCUCUUAUGGAAUUCCAAAUUAGAACUUACCUUACCUUUUACAUCCUUCCCAUUAAUUGAUUUGAGUGUCGUAGGACAAAUUCGAUAACCAAUUGGGAUAAUGCUUGUUCAGAUGAUCAAGAUCACUUAUCAUCAAUUGAUUUUGUAACAGCCUUCUCGUUAGGCAACUAUGAUAUGAUAAAAAAUUUCAGGUAUCAAAAUGUAGUUUGGCAAUAAUAUGUUCUAUAAAAAUAUAACUUUUAGGUACCAAAUUGUAAUUCCCUAAAUAACCAAAUAUCCGAUCAUUGUUCAACUAUCCAGUAAAAGCUUCAAACAACUGGUCACGUCGUCCCUCCUUUCCUCCUUCCUACGCUAAGAUCCCCCGGACUCCAUAUUGCAUCCUCCCGCCUUCCAUCGCCGGGUCUCUAAUAAGGUAUUCAACUUCCUACUGUUCGAUUGUGUUCAAGUUGAGGGCUUCUUUCCAUACCGAUGAGUAGAAAGAGGAUAGCUGAGGAAGAUUCAAGCUUUUGAUUCAAUUUUGAGUUUACGAGAGGAUUUCGGAAAAUUGAGGGUUUUCUGGUUCUAGCUGGUACCGGCUGCGCUUGUCUCAACUUGGGUUGUGAAUUAAAUUGUUGGUUCAAGGCUACGAAGGAAAAAUCUUUGGGCUUGGGGCUUGACUUGGUGUGUUUCUUCUUAACAUUACUAGUUUCGCUUGGGGUGGAGAUCAUGAGCCACGAAGGUGGGUAUGUUGUUGAAGUGACGGGGCUUUCUCCCAAAGCCACCGAGAAGGAUGUCCAUGAUUUCUUCGCCUUUUCCGGCGCUAUUCUGCAUAUUGAAAUCGUCAGGUAAACAGAAACCAAGAAGAAAGAAACAUUCUGGGUUUCUUUUUUCUUCUUGUUCCUUCCGAGCUGUUGAAUUUCUUUGUGGGUUUUGGCUUUUCUAAUUCUUUGGAAUUGACAUUUCUGAUUCCUCCUGUACUGCGUAUGUGACAUUCAAAGAUGCAUAUGCCCAGGAGCCAGGAGACUGCUGUCCUACUCAGCGGUGCCACCAUCUUGGAAGAACGAGUGUGCAUAACACGCUGGGGACACUACGAAGAUGAAUUCGAUUUUUGGAACAGGCCUUCAACAACGACGGAUAAUGAAAGUGAAUCGACUCAGCAACACCAGCAAACAGGCCAAUUCGUCGGCGAUGCAGGACAAGCAGUGACAAAGGCUCAGGAAGUGGUGAAAGAAAUGCUAGCCAUGGGGUACGUCCUGGGGAAAGAUGCACUAGGCAAGGCGAAAGAAUUUGACGAGUCCCAUCAAGUCUCAGCAACCGCAACAGCAAAGGUGGCCGAGUUCACCGAGAGAAUCGGCCUUGCUGACAAGCUCUUUGCCGGGAUGGAAGCAGUUAAAGCCGUGGAUGAUAAGUACCACGUCUCCGAGACGACCAAAUCAGCAGUCUCCGCGACAUCGAGACAGCAGCAGCAAACACCGUUAUCAACAGUAGCUACUUCUCUAAGGGCGCUCUUUGGGUGUCUGGUGCUCUGAAUCGGGCUUCUAAUUACGCUUCUGAUUUGGGUAGCCGGGCUGCCCAGCAGCAUUGAGCCUAUUCUGGUCCGGUUUGUCAAAAUCCAGAACUCCCAGCUUAUUUUGGUGGCUGAAAUGAAAGCUCUUUGUAUAGAACUCGUUCUGCUUGACUGUUGGGAAGCGAAAGGGUUACGUUGAAACAUUUGUUGAUAAGGGAUGAGUGAUGACUGAUGAGUAUGACAGAAUUGACUAUCAAGCUGUUAAUAUUAAAAUAAAAUAAAAUCCGGAAGAGCAAAAUUCAGAUUGAUCAGCACCGUUUGUUUAUUUUCUUUUAUUUAAAACCUCAUAAUAUUAGCAUAGAAAGUAGAUAUUCCAAUUGCAUCAUGUAAAUUUCAAUAGCGAACUAUCGAUCGACGAUGCUUCUACUAUCUAAAUGAUUUGUCAAUAAGUUAUUUUUAUGAUAUGCACGAUAGAUUCGUUCGUCACCAUCCAUUCGUGUUGGGGAGAGGUUGCUAAAUUGACGAACAAAGCUAGUAUGAUAGGCGUUGGAAUUGGUUCAUCCUCGACUAUGAGAAGCGAGAUAGCUAUUUGUCGAAUCGAGAUACAUUGCACUCUAAUGUCUAAACUCUUAGGCCAGCUUGAGAUCGUCAAUGACCUCACGAAUCCUUACACAAAUCAUGAAAUAAUUGUCUAAAUUAAUCGUAUAGACUCUGAAUAAGCGACCAUGACAUUUUCAAACCGUUGCUGCCUGACAGACGGAUGGGAAUGGACGAAGAUUAAAUUGUCUCCCAUGCU